GAUGUGUGAAAAUGAACGAGUUUGGCAGCACUACGUGAACAUGUUCUUUUUCUGGCGAACGCCAUUACUGUCUGGAACGAAGGCAAAUUUUCUGAGCUUAAAAAAUGGCUGAAGUUGAAGAAAGUGUUGUUGAGACCUUCGACGAGCAACCGCCAAUUGAAACUGAGGAGGCUGAGACUCUCUUGGAAACAAAUGUAGUAGCCACAACCGAAUUGCCCGAAAUCAAACUUUUCGGACGUUGGUCAUGCGACGAUGUCACCGUAAAUGAUAUCUCUCUACAAGAUUACAUUUCCGUCAAAGAGAAAUUCGCUCGCUACUUGCCACACUCUGCUGGUCGUUAUGCAGCUAAGCGUUUCCGCAAGGCUCAAUGCCCUAUUGUCGAGCGUUUGACAAACUCACUUAUGAUGAAGGGUCGCAAUAACGGUAAAAAGUUAAUGGCUUGCCGUAUUGUCAAACACUCCUUCGAGAUCAUUCACUUGUUGACCGGCGAAAACCCACUACAGAUUCUCGUAAGCGCCAUUAUCAACUCAGGUCCCCGUGAAGAUUCGACCCGUAUUGGUCGUGCUGGUACCGUACGUCGUCAGGCCGUCGAUGUGUCGCCUUUGCGUCGCGUCAAUCAAGCUAUUUGGCUGUUGUGCACUGGUGCUCGUGAAGCUGCAUUCAGAAACAUCAAAACCAUUGCUGAAUGCUUGGCUGAUGAAUUAAUUAACGCUGCUAAGGGAUCAUCUAACUCCUAUGCUAUCAAGAAGAAAGACGAGUUGGAGCGUGUUGCUAAGUCCAACCGAUAAGCACUACAGUUGUACAUUCGUUUUUGUGUACAUUUUUUACACUUACAAAAUUACAAAGAUGAUUUAUUGAAAAAAUAAAGAAAACAAUAUACAGUUUAA